UUUCUCCACCCAUCUGAGCUCCUCCUUGAAGACGCAGUAGACUUUGACCCUUAGGAGCGGCUGCCGUUCUUCUGUCCGUCAGACCAUGAUCUAACUCAGAGAAACCUCAGAAGAUCUCGAGACACGGCUGAGAAACGUCUUCCAGAGCUCGUCUGAUCGCCUCGGUGCUGUCCUCAUGCUUCGAGGUUCGAGUCCCUUCGGCUGGUCCAGCGGUUAUUCUGAAUCGCUUCGCUCCAGCGUCACGGUUCUGGACGACGCGUCCUCGGAUCUGUCAGGUCUGUCCAGACCCAGCGCUAAAUCAAUAUACAAUCAGAGGAAGGAAUAUGCCCACUCCAUCAACAAACAGAUGCAUCCGUUCCAGCACCGCGUGGAGCAUCUGUUCACCUGUGAGCUGGACGGCCAGCAGCUGUGUGACGUCAACGACUGUCUGGAGCGGCUGAAGUACCUGGACGCCACGGGCCGAGUCUGGGGUCAGGACGUCCUGCUGGAGGUUCAGGACGGAGCGCUGCAGCUCGCCGACAUCGAGACUAAGGAGGUGCUGGACUCAUGGCCUCUGAGCAGCGUUCUGGAUCUGAAGGCCGUUCUGGACGAGCGGGUUUACGACUCUCUUCUGACCGUCUCCAUCCAGGAGCGCGGCAGUCGCCCAGUCAGCGUCUUCCUCUUCCAGAGCGAGUCUCUCCGGGCCGAUUACCUGAAGAAAGACCUGGAGAGGCUCCUGCAGAACAAGAGAGACGAUCCCAGACUGACUAACGGCAGUAAAGCCGCUGUAGGAAACAUCACACAGAGAAAGUCACGACAAGCAUCUCCUCCGCCUCCGGUGAUCCUUCAGAAACCUCCUGAAUCCUGGGUCGCUCCGGAUUACGAUGAGAGUCCGGUUCCGACUCCUCCCAUCUCCAGAAAUAACUCCACCUACAUUAAGGUAGUAACUCCACCCCCUCCUGAAGAAGCACCGCCCACCAAACCAGACCCGCCCCCUCCUCGGCCGUACACAGAGAGGGAGAGGAAUGUGGACAUCCUGAAUCAUCUCAUUAACGACAUCGAGGCCUUCACAACCCACCUGACAGCCGUCGCGCCCAAGAUGGACAAGAAGAAGAAGAAGAAGAAGAGGAGUAUGGCUGUGAAGGGAAUGCCGUCAGAGGAGCACUUCUCCAUCUGUUUGAGGAAAAUCAAGAUGGCCUUUAACCUGCUGGCCAGCCUGCAGGGGAAGAUCAACAAUCCCAGCGCCGCUGAACUCACUCACUGUCUGUUCUCUAUACUGGAUCUGGUUGUGUUUUACUGUGAUGAGGAUCUACCUCCGUCUAUCGUGGCUCCUCUCUUCGAGCCGGAGUGUGUGAUUUUUCUGAGCGAGGAGGCGACGCAGGAAGAGGAUCAUCUGUGGCAGUCGCUGGGAGACGCCUGGAACAUUCCCAGCACUAAGUGGCCAGAGGAUGAUGAUGAUAUUCCCAUCUUCACACCUGUGUUUGAUGACGGAUGGGAGCCGCCAGACAUCAGGAACCCAGAGCCGAGCGUCACAAACACGAAAGCCAACACAAACACAAGCAAACCAGAGCCAGCUCGAGCUUCUGUGACACGACAGACGAGCAACAGAUCGUCUCCGGAGCCUGAGGACAGCUCAGAGGAGUUACCGGCGAGCUACAUGAAAGCUGUGUUUGAUUUUGAAGCACGAAACCCACGAGAGCUUUCUAUCAGUAAAGGUGAACAACUACAGCUCCUGGACAUGUCUAAGCAGUGGUGGAAGGUGAAGAAUGAAAAAGGGCAGAUCGGUUACGUCCCGAACAACAUGCUCCAGCCUCCGUCGCAGCAGGACAGAGCCGUGACCCCGUCUGCGCCCGCGCUCACCCGGAGGUCCCGACCCGAGGAGGUGCGCGCCUGGCUGGAGCACAAGGGCUUCAGCAAAAUUACGGUGCGGUGUUUAGGAGGCGUCAGCGGCUCGAUGCUGCUGGGAAUGACUCGAGACGAGCUCAAGACCAUCUGUCCGGAGGAGGGCGGCCGCGUCUUCUACCAGCUACAGAACGUCAAAUCAGCUCUCGCGAUGGCCAGUGAAGUGAGGCCGAUGAUCUGAGGCACAACCGGACGCUGAAUCUCUAAAAUCUGUACGAUAUAAACACCUUCUGGCUCACAAUUUUUAUAUUUCACGAAACAGUCGUGAUUUCGUAUUUUGCUGCGUUGCAUCUGAUCAGCAACUUAAGUGAAUGUGAACAACAUACACCGUUUAAAAAAAGAAGCAAUUUUUUUUACAUAAAAUUCCAAAUGAACCGGACCAAAAAAACUGUGCUGCAAAAUAUAUUUAUAUUUUUUGUCUGUUGAUAAUAAAUCUGUCAUUGUAUCAAAUUUAUAUAAAGUGAGAGUUAUCAGUAUUAACACGAAGAAAAGAAUUAAACGAAUCGUUAAAAUCA